AUGGCAUGGCGUCUCUAUUGCCCAAGAAUAUCAGCUAUCCCGGUCAGCAAGACAAGUGCACCGAUAAGUCAGUCCAUCAUCUCUCGACCAAACCAAGCCGAAUUAUUCGUCAUCGUAACCACCCAUAUAUCAAACAUCCAGACUCGACACAAUGGUGCCUGUCAUUCGAAACGAGCACAUCCCUCUCAGCCUCAACGUCAUGCUCCCACCGUGAUAGUCAUCGAUAGACCACCUGUAGUCAUCAGCGGAACACCCAGGCGCCGAGGUACAGGUAGGGUGAUGUUUCACGAUCCAACACUAUGUACACCCACAAGAACAACCAUUGUGACAUCGACGAGGGCUUCGAAGAAGCCAUCUGACAUCGUGAGAUCGCCCGGUUGGCAAGGAUGUUCUCGAUAUCUCAAUCUCGCUUAG